GGAGCCACGGGCACGAGUGGGAAUCAGUUGGUGGCUAGAGUUGAGCUUGAGAACACUCUCAAUUUUAUUUGUGAACAAUCAGUUGCAAAAGGAAGCAAGAAAUCAGCCAAAAUGCCCUGCGGAGGUUGUGGAAAUGAUUGCAAAUGCACCCAGGAAAAGUGCGGAGCCAGCUGCAAAUGCGACUCCAACUGCCAGUGUGCUGGGAAGACCAAGCCACAGAAGACGGAUCAGGCAAAGUGAACAAAAUGGCAUUUUUAAUAGUUGAAUAAAUGAAGAUUUAAAAAAGAACAGGAAAUGUAGGAGAAAAGCGAGAGAAAUCAAUAAAAUGCACUAUUUGAGAUAA